AUGGGAGGACUUUCCUGUUUCCAUCCUGAAAGCCAGGUGCUUUGCGAUCAAAUAAUUGCUAUGGUUAUUAAAUUGCAGAAAAUAUUUACAUUGCCUGUCUCGUUGCUCUGGUGGGGACUUUCUUCCAUGCAGACUAAUGCAGAAGAAGGUAGAUUCUAUUUCUCAGCAUGCUUACUGUUUUUAGCAGAACCUGCAAUACCUGAUUAUCUUAAUUGCUGGAUUGACCUCUGCUGUGGAGACUCCAUGAGAUUUGGUAAAGGGGAUUCUGAAUUUGAUUCUAACUUUUGUAGUACAACAAGUGAUGAUCCAAUGGAUUCUUUGAUAACUUUAAAUCCUUCUCAUCAACGUUUUCUUGAAGAUGAUGAUGCACAAUCAUGUAGCUAUGAAGAUACGGAAUUGGAUUUCAAAAUUCAAAAUGACGAUAAUGAUAAUGAUAACGAUAACGAUAACGUUAACGAUAAUGAUGUUGAUGUUGAUGUUGAUGAUGAUAAUGAUGGUGAUGUGGAUACUUAUUCGAGAUGUUCUCGUGGUUUUAGUCGUAAACGUGUUGGUAAUUGGAACAGUGACAGGGAGGACGAGGAUGAUGGGGGUGUAGUUGAACAACGUUGGAUGAAUAAUGGUAUCAAUAGAUGUAAUAACAAAUUGAAAAGUAAUGUUUGUAGUGUUGUUGUUGAUACUGAAUUGAAGAGCCAAAAAGACAAGGAUAAGCUUUUUUGGGAGACUUGUUUGGCCUCUUAA